UGAUUUCCAUAGAAACGUGUUAAUAUCCCGGCUGCGUUGGGUUAUGGUUAGCGACGUAUCGUGGAACGGGGAACAUGUGCCUCCAAGGCGAUAACAUAAUAUCACCAGUAAGGUAGUAAGGUGUAUUUUUCAAUAAUGAUAAAUACACCUUACCACGGUAUUUAUCUGGUAUUUAUCGCCCUGCUUGCCCAACCACGUGGAUUUGCUUUUGUUUUCGUAGACUGUGCCCACCAAAAAUUCCUCAACUGUUCAAUAUGAGCCAUAUUGAAGCCAAAACCAAUAACAGUUGGAUUGUGUCGGUGGUUUCAGUUUGUGAAAAAUGAAGAAAAGUGUGAACCAGAACGCUGUGUUGUAUAAGUAAAGUAAUACUCUUGGCUGCAACGUUUGUCAAAUUCAAGUACAAGAUGAUAAUGAAACCAGGGAUGUCAUGCGCUGCGAGGUUUAUUGCUAACCAGUUCCAAAAUACUGAAUGUUGGCGAACAAUUUCAACAAGCACAAGAGCAUGUUUCCCUGCUAUUAUAUUCGAUAGGAAGGCAAAAGAGCAUCACAGAAACACUGCCGGACAGAGACUGGAUUCAUCACUUUACGACUAUGUCAAGGAAGAGGUUGGCUGGAGAGUUGCAGAUCGGGUAUUCGACAUCAAGCGCCAGUUCGGCACAGUGUUGGAUCUUGGGUGCGGAAAAGGAUAUGUACUCAAACACUUUGACAAGGACAUGGUGGAGAAUGUGGUGGCCUGCGAAAUGUCCUCGUCUCUGCUGGCUGCCGCACAGUGCCUAGAGGACGUCUCAUUGCAAAAAAUCAACUUCGAUGAAGAGGAGCUUCAGUUGGAGGACUCCAGCGUGGAUCUGGUCACCAGCAGUCUGAGUCUGCACUGGGUGAACGACCUGCCGGGCUGUUUCGGGCGCGUACUGGCGUGCCUGCGGCCGGACAGCGCGUUCGUGGGUGCCAUGCUGGGCGGCGACACUCUGUACCAGCUGCGCUGCGCCCUGCAGCUGGCCAGCCUAGAGCGAGACGGGGGUAUCGGCGUGCACGUGUCGCCGUUCGUGAAGCCGCAGGACGUCGUCGGACUCCUUACCAGGGCCGGCUUCACAAUGCUAACCAUUGACGUGGACGCCAUCACGGUCGGCUACCCGUCCAUGUUCGAGCUGAUGUGGGACCUCCAGGGAAUGGCAGAGAACAACGCCGCCGUCAACCGCACUCUGCGGCUCAACCGGGACACCAUGCUGGCGGCGGCGGCCAUCUACCAGGAAAUGUACGGCUCCGUCGACGAGCAGAGCGGUGAAGUGUCGGUGCCGGCGACGUUCGAGGUGCUGCACUUUAUCGCGUGGAAGCCGGGUGCCAGCCAGCCGCGGCCCCUGGAGCGCGGAUCGGGCACCGUGUCCCUCAAGGACCUGGGCUCCGUCAUCGGCGGCGCCAGCUGACACUGGCAGACCACAAUGACGCGCUAGUUGUUAUGUUGUGCUUUUGUGACAAUAGAUGCUGACAAUCGAACAGA